UGUAUCUCCUCUUCCCAUCUAAGAACAGAAAAGGACAUCCUGUUUGGAAUAGGUGGGGUUUGGAGAAAGAUGGUGAGAUUCCACAGAAUAAGCAGAGGUUUGAAGAGGCUGCGUCUUUGAUGUAGGAGCAGUCGCCGAAGCCACGCUCACGAUGAGGCUGCUCCGAAGACAUUACGGCCCACUGAAGCUGGCUUUGGUGGGCAUUGCCUUUGUGAUCUUUCUCUUCAUCAUGCAAAGGGAUGUGGGCAAUGGGGACCAAAGGGAGGAGCCUUGGCUAAAGAACAUUGUGGUCAAGAAAGACCAAAUGAUUGACAUAAUGAUGGGAGCCGUCAACAACAUCCGGGACUCCAUGCCAAAGCUGCAGAUUGGAGCUCCGGUUCAGCAAGAGGUGCCUGUCCGGGACAGCAAGUCCUGCCUGCCGGGAUAUUACACACCAGCAGAACUGAAACCCUUCAUGGAACGUCCACCUCAAGACCCCAAUAGCCCAGGCGCUGAUGGCAAACCUUUCAAGAAGGACCAGUGGACACCAGAGGAGACGAAAGAGAAAGAACGUGGCUACGACAAGCACUGUUUCAAUGCCUAUGCCAGUGACCGGAUCUCUCUCCAAAGGGCCUUAGGACCAGACAGCCGGCCUCCAGAGUGUAUCGACCAAAAAUUCAAACGAUGCCCUCCCCUCCCGACCACCAGCGUCGUCAUCGUUUUCCAUAAUGAGGCCUGGUCGACUUUGCUUCGCACUGUGUACAGUGUUCUGUAUGCCUCCCCAGCUAUAUUGCUAAAAGAAAUCAUUCUUGUGGACGAUGCCAGUACAGAUGACUACUUGAAAGACGAGUUAGACAACUAUGUGAAGCAAUUGCAGAUAGUGAAGGUCGUCCGGCAGCUGGAAAGGAAGGGUUUAAUAACAGCCCGAUUGCUCGGUGCCAGCGUUGCUACAGGAGAUGUACUCACGUUCCUGGAUGCUCACUGUGAAUGUUUCCAUGGGUGGUUAGAGCCUCUCUUAUCACGAAUUGCUGAAGAGCCCACAGCCGUGGUCAGUCCAGAUAUCACCACAAUCGACUUGAACACCUUUGAGUUCUCCAAGCCAACUCAAUAUGGCAAGGUGCAUAGUCGGGGGAACUUUGACUGGAGUCUGACUUUUGGAUGGGAGUCCAUCCCUCAACAUGAGAGGCAGAGGAGGAAAGAUGAGACUUAUCCUAUCAAGACCCCCACAUUUGCUGGUGGCCUCUUUGCCAUCUCCAAGUCCUAUUUUGAACACAUCGGCUCAUACGACAACCAGAUGGAGAUCUGGGGAGGGGAAAAUGUGGAGAUGUCCUUUCGGGUUUGGCAGUGUGGGGGUCAGCUGGAGAUCAUUCCUUGCUCAGUCGUUGGCCACGUGUUCCGUUCCAAAAGCCCCCACACCUUCCCGAAAGGGACUCAAGUGAUCUCCAGGAACCAGGUGCGCCUGGCAGAAGUCUGGAUGGACGACUACAAGGAAAUCUUCUACAGGAGGAACCAGCAGGCCUCGCAGAUGGCUAGAGAGAAAACGUACGGAGAACUCACUGAGCGUCUUGAGCUGAAGGAGCGGUUACAUUGCAAAAACUUCACCUGGUAUCUACAAAGCGUUUAUCCAGAGAUCUUCAUCCCAGACCUUACACCAGCUUUCUUUGGAGCUAUUAGAAAUGAAGGUGUCAAACACUGUCUGGAUGUUGGAGAGAACAACCAUGGAGGGAAGCCACUGAUUAUGUACCCCUGCCAUGGGAUGGGAGGCAAUCAGUACUUUGAAUACACAUCCCAACGAGACCUACGGCACAACAUUGGCAAGCAACUGUGCCUCCGAUCCAAGACGGGGCCCGUUGAGUUGGGAGAAUGUCACUAUACAGGGAAACACUCCCGUGUGCCGGAAAAUGAAGAAUGGGAACUAACUAGUGAUCACCUGCUUAAAAAUAUGGCCUCUAACAAGUGUCUGUCCGCAAGAGGCGAGCAUCCCUCCAUGGCUUCCUGCAGUCCUAUAGAUCCCUUUCAACUUUGGUACUUCAGCUAAGCAAUCCCACCAAAGGUCAAAGCAGCAGGAGCAAAGCCUGUUUGCAGGGACCUCCUGUGGAGGCUUCUGUUUUCUUAACGCUGCUAUCCAAAAAUCAGAGGAUAGAUUCAAGGAGAAGAGAAAAGGACUCCUUCAAAUAGGCUGCAUAAUCACACGCAUGCCUGUAACACUCACGUGCCUUUUGCGAUGCAGUGGUUAAACAGACCCAGCAAACAUUGGUGCAUCUACUUUUUCUUUUCUUUUCUUUUCUUUUUCUUUUUUUUAGUAAAAGUUGCAAGCUGGUACGUUUGUUCUUUUUAGUACCGUAAGAAUUGUUAAUCAAAGGUCCAUAUUGCGAGAUGAACAUUGGUGAUUUUAUUCUGCGGUAAAUAGAAAGUGGACGUUGGUACAAUGCGACAUGAAAGCAAAUCCCCUAAUUCGUAUGCGGUGAGCAGUGUAGGAAAGUAGCACCUUGAUGAAGAAACCAGCUACAGAGCCUGUCCUCAGGGUAGUUUAGAAAACAUCCGAUGCCAAAGAUAACGACUUUAAUCUCUGUUACAUAGGAAAUGCAUAAUUGGACAGCACUGGGCUUUGGGAGAAACUGCAUCGCAAAGGCCUGGAAGAUGACUCUUCGUGCUUUUGCAGUUCUUUUAAAGGUCUUUGCACAGAGAUGCUGGUGGGUUGUGAAUAACAGCUGCUCCCAAAGGUUCACUAAGUUAGCCUGCAUUUAAAAUAGCAAACACUGGAGUGCGGUAUUGCUGCGUGACUGAAACCCUCAGCUCUUUGCACAGGCUGCGGCCAGCGCCUUACCUCAAGCUGUGGGAACUCUCACCAGCACCCUGCAAAGAAAUACUAAUUCCACUGAAGAAGAAAACCCGCGUCCUCUAGGCAGCUUCACCCUCUACCAAAGAAACAUGGACUUGGGAAGGGAGGUCAGUUCUUGGAUUCAUGCAAAGGAAUAAUGUAGGCUGGUGAUUUGCUGGACGACAUCUAUGACCCCGAUGCCAGGGAUUGGCUGUGCCACUUCAGCCCUUCUACACCCUGCAGUCCAGACGUCUAGAAGGCUUCAACCUGGCCUGAUUCCUCACCUGUCUGUGUGAUUCAUGGGGGCCAGCCCAGGUUUCGUAUUCAGCAUGGAUUGGCUUUCUGUACUGGAAGAAGGCCUUUGCCUUUCCCCUGGAUACUUUUGUAGCCUCAUUGCAAUGCCAAGAACCAGGCAUGCUGCUAAUGUGCCUUUUUCUUAAAUAAAUAAAAACGAGAGACGACCAUAGGAAGCUGCCUCCUUUUAGGAAAUGGGUGCUGUGUACAAACCUGCACAAUCACCUCGGUGAAUAGGAGUUAAGACAAUGCAAAGCCAAGGGGGAGAAAAAUUGAGAGUGAGUGAGUGUGUUUGUGCGCACAAACACCCACCAAGAGUAGUGGUGGAGUAUAUUGUCACUGGAUAUUGUUAGUUACACUUGCCUGCCGGAGCAAAUCUUUGUUCCCAUUUUUUGUUUUGUACGCCGUUAGGAAAAAAAAUAGAUAUUCUUUAUCCUUGGAUUUCAAUGGAAGGGAGUAAUUUUUUUUAAAGACAAGGUUGAUAUGUUGUUCUCAUCCACAAAGUAGCACCUUCCUUGUGACUGACCGUGAACCUUAGUACCUCUUGUUACCUGUAGCUGAUUAGCAAUUGCACUGUCAGUUUAAUGUAAAACAUAGAUGAAUCCAAAGGGGGGGGGGAUUCCUGGAUAUGUAAGAACUGGGUGUUUAGGAGCACACUACACUUUAAAAGCUGUUUGGUUGACAUAGGAGGCAAAAUUGUCUGACCAUGGGAGGUUGCUCCUACUUUCCCUUCUUAAAGUGCACUGCUGGUUUCUGUACCAUUUUUAGCAUCUUUGAAGAAAGAUGACUGGCAAAAGAGCAGAGAUGUGGACUCUUCCUAGAUUUUGAAUGCGAAAGCUGGCAUUCCUAUUCCCAAGUGAUUGUGUUCAUUUCCAGGAAGGCUUCAGUUAAGUUGGAAAGGUCUGCCCUUGUGAACUUGAUUAGAAACAAUAAAACUGAAAUUAUUUUA